AUGGCUGGCUUUACCGGAGAGACGGUGAGCCGCAGCAAAAUUGCGGGCUACACCGAAAAUCGGGACCGAGUUGAGUUGACUGAUGGUCAUGGUGGCGAGCGUGGAAUCAGUGCCUGGACCUGGCCGACUCAGGGAUUGCCUUGCGUGACAGAUUUUCAUCCUCACGUUCGCCAGACUGGCAUCCAGCCUGCUGCCUUAGCUACACUCGUCUGUCUGGCGUGGGGCGAAGCUAGGAACAGGGCACGAGAUCAGCUCUUGGGUGGCAGAAAGAUUGCGCGUGCAAUAAUGUGA